AUUUUCUGCUGUUCUUUUCUCAUCCCGCAGAUACCAAGAGCAAUCAUAUGCAUACACUGCACCGAACGGUGUCACAAUGGGCUAUCCUAACGAACCUACAAAUCCAGAGUUUGUAAACACUGCUCCUACAGAUUCUACCAAUUAUACUACUGCAUCACCUGGGGGUUUACCCCAUCCCGUAGCCUUACUAAAGUCUGUUGACUUCAUGGAUGCAGUUGCGUUUGGUAAAGCUGUCACAGAAGCACAUCUUCGAACCUGCCUUUAUACUCGGGAAACAAUUGACCGAAUGCUCAAUCAACCAACAUCUCAGGAACACAUCAAACGCUAUCAGAGUUUGUCUAACCGAGAAUUAUGGAUGGAAGUAGCUGAUAAAAUUACUAUGGCAGUUCAACAGAUUAUAGAGUUUGCUAAAAUGGUGCCAGGAUUCAUGGAUUUAUCCCAAGACGACCAAAUCAUGUUGUUAAAAGCAGGGAGUUUUGAAUUAGCACUGAUAAGGUUAUGUAGAGUGUAUGAGUCGUCGUCAAAACGAGUGAUAUUUGGCCCGGUAUUUUUACCGCUUAAAACUUUCUCUGCUUUCAAUGAAAUUGAACGAGCAUUACAAGAGAGGAUCUUCGAAUUUGUUGAUUCCAUGAUCUCUCUGAAACUGUCUGAAGGUGAACUUGCUCUCAUGAGUGCUUUGAUUCUCAUCCGAACAGAUCGACCUGGACUGAAAGACAUGGAGGACAUCCAGAAACUUCACGAGAAAGUAUUGACUGCCUUGAAGCUUGAAGUCGGCAAGAAUCACAAGGAGGAGGAGACAACUCUUGCGAAGCUCCUCGGUCACGUAGAGGAGCUGCGCAACCUGGGAGGACGGCACAUCGAUGUGCUGAACAUGUUCAAACGAUCUGCUCCGGACGUAGAGUUCCCUGCCCUUCACAAAGAACUUUUCUCAGUAGAAGGCAUCGAAGGAUCAUGAACGGAGCACAGCAAAAGGAGAAAGCGAGCGAGAGAGAGAGAGAGAGAGAGAAUGAGAGAGAGAGAGAGUGAGUGAGAGAGAGCGAAAGAAAGAAAGAGAGACAGAGAGCGAGAGUGAGAGUAAGAGUGAGAAAAAAAUUAACAAACAAACAAAAAGAAAGAAAGAAACUAAAAAAAAAUAAACAUUUGGAUUUUCCUUCUCAGUGUCUUCACAAUACACACGCAUGCGUG